AUUCCGAAGGGGACAGUCGUCAGGUGCACAACGGUUGUUCCGAGUUUUCUUUUUUUCAACUUUUUAUUUCGUAUUUCGUAUUUCACUCAUUUUUGCAAUUGGCCGUAUCGAACCUGAAAGGGAUCGGGUGCCAUUAAACACUAAGAAGAAGAAGUCGCGACGCUUGAGUCACUUGAGUCAGCGUCCAAUCGUCGGUGACCUGUGAGACUUUUCAAAUUUAAAUCGCAAAAUCGAUCAACUGUCAUCGUCCAAUCCUAAAAACGGUUCUAUGCGACCGGGUCACGAAAGCUCGAUACACGCGGGAAAGCAGUGAAAAUCUGGCAAAUCAUUUUCGUAUCUUGUUUUCUUGCUACUCGUUGUGCUCCAACAAAGAACAAAGGAUCGCACGAUGUUUACACCAAUCAAGACCGCGGUCAAUGUACUGAAUGAUACGAUUUUAAACACACCGCUACCGCAAGCGACAUCGACUGUACGGAGAAAAAGCACAUUAGAGAGUAAAUUUAGCAAUAAAGACUCCAACAAGGACUUGUCAUUUGAGAAUGAGUUGACGUGCAGAGAAGUAGAUUCCUCGUUAGGGCUUCUUGACACCAUGUCAGUUCUCACAAGUAUUAGUACAACGGAGGACGAACAAAAAUCAAAUUACCCCAAUACGGAUGCAAAUCUCGAGUAUGCUAGAAAACUUUUAUGGAAAUGCAGCGAUUUAAAGAAUACUUCCCCUAUAGAGAUGAAUAAAGAAAACAAUACCAAUGUACAAAAUGUAACUGAGAAUUUGUUAGCUUCCAAUUUUACUUUGCCGAGUCAAACUUGUGUAUCUGGACUGGAUAAGGAUGAAGAGUACAACAUUAAUCGCUUAAUGAGCAAAGCCAGCAUGGCCAGUCUCACUUUUGAGCCUAAUGAGAUAACGGCACGUUCAUCCGGCAUAAGCAGUACGACAAUACAUUCGCCCUUGAACAAAUCUUCCAAUGGUAUGAACUUCAGUGCAACCGAGGUAAUGGCACAACAAAACAACAAGAUAAUGGCACAGCUCAAUGACGAAGAGUUUUUAUCGAAUUCAAAAAUGGCUGAACAAUUAUCGGCCGACGAAGUUCGUUGGCAACAAGAUCGCACAUUUUUUAUGCCAGUUAUGACUACGGAAAAACAAAAAUUAGAUCUCAGUUCUUUUUCUGGUAUCAUCGGACAGCUGGACUUGUCAGUAGAGUCCUGUGCUGGACGGAAAGUAUCUGUUGGCAACUAUUUCGCACGUAAAUCCGGCAAUGUCGGUAAUUUGUUGGAGAAUGUUGAAAAGAUGAGGCCAGAUCUCGGAUUUCCUAUGGAAACACCCAUAAAGACUGCUCCCUUACAACCAUUGGUCGAGUCGACCAUCGUGGCCGAUGCAACAGUACCAUCAACAGAAUCAAAAGAGUACACGCCUGUUCCAACGAGGGACAUAGAUCAAAAUAGCGUUAUAAGUUUAAGCACCAUUGUCAAUACCUUACAAGACGCUAACAGCGAGACGCCACGGCGAUUGGUCGACGAGCUUCUAAUGGCACAGAAAAAGAAAAAACAGCCACCAGUGACAACGCAAGUACAGGACAACGCAAGGAAAGACACUUACACCCUAAAUUCUGACAGAAAAUCCAUGUUUGCGACGUCCAGUGGAAACUACAAUAAAUUUCAUGACAAUAUUACUUCAGAUCUUGCGACAAAAUUAUCAUUGGAUAGUAGAAUUAGGGGUGAAACUAAAAAUGAAAUUGCUGAUUUGAAACAAGAAUAUUCAGCACUAUCAUCGUUUCAUUCAAAUAGAGAUAUCAAGGAGACUGAAUCGUUUAUGAAUGUAUGCAAAGAAAAAGUAUCAAAAGAGGAGAUAAGUGAUAGGAAUAUGACUUCGUUUAAUCAAGAUGCAGGAAUACGCAAUAACAGAGUAACAGAUUUAUCUUAUAUACCAUCUAAACAGAGCAGAAGUAACAGCGAGGAUAGCUAUACUUUCUUAAAUAUAAAGAGAGAAGAGACGAUAAGAAAGAAUAUUUCUGAUAACACUAUAGACCUAACACUCUCAGUGAACACAAAUGCAGAAAUGCAGUCUGAUUUAAAUCAUAAUGUCGUUAUCGGUAAGAAUACUGAACAAUCAUGCAAUUGCAUCGUUGGCAUGACGUGUGACGCUAACAUUGAACUUGUAAACAACGGAGACAGAUGGAUCACAUAUUCCUUAAAACUGGUGGAAGUAUUAGGAGAUAGACAAAGCAUUGAAUUAAAUAUGCAGCAAGAUGCAGUUUUAAUAAAGCCUAACGGAGCACAAUCUACGAAGAUCGAAGUAAAAAUCAUCAAAAUGUGCAAACCAAUCUUCGUAGAGUUAUACAUAAUUUUAUCCGAUAUGGUAGCGAAGUCAAAGUGGUUCAUGAAGCACAUGAUCUUCGUCAAUCCAGAGCAACUCGAACUCGAAAUCAUGUGCGACUCUCACAAAGAAGAAUUGGAUUUUCAGUAUAUCGGAGAAAAUUCAACAAAAACGCUGCCUAUAACAUUUCAUAACAAGAACAGUAUUGCUGUACCUGUCAAACUUUUUAUAUUACAUGAUGGACCAAAAAUAUUCAGUAUUGAAAGUGGAUCUCAAGACGAACUGACACAACUAGUACUUAAGCCUUAUGAAAAAUGUACUGUUAAUGUAAAGUGUGAUAAAUUACAACUUACAUCAAUGGAGACACAGAGACAGCCACAGUAUUGGAAGGGCAAAUUGAUUGUACACGUUCAAUGUGACGAUGAUACUGUACUAUUCAAGAAAGACGUGCCUCUUUAUGCACAAACAGGUACUUGUAAAAUUCAGGUAAUCGACACGGAGAUACCUAUAGUUGUGCCAAGGCAACAAGCCAAAGUGUUGAAUAUCGUUAAUUCGGGAAACGUGACGACGCAUGUAUCCGCUACUAUCGUGCCAAUCGAGGGCUAUUCAGACGCGGCACAAGAUUUCUCCGUAAAGCCAGAUAAUAUAUUUCUGCAAGCUGGAGAGAACGGUUCAUUUCUAAUUGUAUAUAAGUCACAGUGUUCGGAUGCGAAAGCUGUAGAUAAUGAAAGAAACGCAAGGAUUAAAUUGGUUGCUGGUAACAACGUUUACCAUUACAUCAUAUGUGCCGAACAAAAAUGGGAAUCUGAGAAGGAAAAUUAUUUACGUUGCUAUACACCUAAUAAUAUAAUAUCUUUGAGCCCUGCAACGUCGCCACAGAGUGUAACUUCUAGUAGGUCUGGACCUUUGGAUCGGAAUUCACCAAUCAGCAUGGUGUCUAGCGUAGCCGUUGCGGGAAACACAAUUCCAAUCAGAGCAACGCACGCUGCUCUAGUAUGGAAUAGCGUGAAAACGGGAAAGAGUGAAAUUAAAGAAUUCACAAUUCGCAAUACAAGCAAUAACAAGAUCAAGAUUCAGAUAGAUAUGUGGGAUGCGAAAAAGAGCUUUAAGUUUCUCGGCGACAGACAAACUGUUACUACAAGCAUGGUGUUGGCGAUGCAACGUCAAGAGAUCAAAACGCUCGCAGUUGUGUUUAGCCCAUAUCAUAUAGGUCCAGCAGUUGGAAAAAUUACCAUCAAACAUUACACGAAGGACAGCAGCGAUUCUCAGCAACACAAAAAGAUACCUUUGUACGGAUACGGCGGCUGUGGCAAAGUAAAAGUCUCGGACACAUUUAAAGACGCGGGUGGAAAGAUGUGGUUGUCGCUUGGUACUUUAUCCUCCGAGACUACGGCUUUGACCGCAAACAUCACGUUGCAAAAUGUCGGCGACUUGAGUUCAUUUGCCAAGAUCAAAGUUGUACCAAAAGUUAUAUCUCCGACAAUGGACUCCAGUUGGCACAUAAGUCAAAAAGAACUGAUACUCAAUCCCAGAGAGAAUCGGCGAGUGGCGAUAGAAUUCUAUCCCAAGAAAGAAGACUUUGCGAUAUUACAGCGUUCGGAAGUCUCACAUGUCGCGACGAUAAACGUCACUUACGGAGAUGAAUCGACCCGCUUGCGAAUACGCAGAUUGUACAAUAAGAUAGAAGAGACAGGUGGAUCGACCGAAAACGAGAAUGAAGCAUUCAAGAAUAUUGUGCAUCCCAUAUGCAAAGCUUUUCCUGGAGAGCAAAUAAUUCCUGGUUUAACAUCAAUUCGUGAUACCAUUCAAAACUUGAGUGAUCUGUGCACCGGGGUUCACCAGUACGAAAUAACGCUCACAGUAGAAGCGUGCGCGGAUGAUACUUUGCCUGUUCAUUAUGACACUGACGAAUCACAGAUGUAUUACUCCCUUAUAAGUGACACUACUCACAUAGAUGAAGCAGCUGGAGCAAGUUUUUUCACUUCUUCGAUGACGGUAGAAUGCGAAGCUCAGUAUUCUGAAUUAGGAGAGGAACAAUUCACCGUGACUCCAUCCACUGUCGUUCUCAAUCCUCCAAUCCGAAAUGAGGCAACUGUGACUGUUCUCGGUUCUUUCAAAGCAGCCCAGCCAUUUCAAACCAACCUGUCGAACUCGAGUUAUUUUAGUGUCGUUCCCGCGGAAGGAAUGCUGCCGAGCAGAAGAGGUUUUCCUUUAAAAGUAAAAUGCUCGCAGAGAAUAGAACGUAACACCCAGGCUGUACUUGAGAUUUAUACGGAGAACAGUAAACAGGAUGUACUGAUUAAUGUUAUUGUAAAGCGACAGUGAUCAGAUGUAUUUACAAUAUGAUUGAAAUAUUUAUUUAUAGUUACUGUAAGUGAUAAAUUUUACAAAACCGCUAUUUUUACUUAAUGCAAAA